GCCAUUUUCACAAUUCACACGAAUAACCCAGUUAAAUAGUGCACACUAUUCAUCUGACAAGCCCUCUGAGCAAUUUUCAGCUCAAUUCUACCCUCAGAGCAAUCUUCAGCUCAUUCUUACUCUCAGAGCAAUUUUCAGCUCACUUUUGCCUCCAGAGCAACCUUCAGCUCGAUCUUUGAAACAAAUCCAGAGUCAUUGUCCCCAG